GGACAGCGUGCGUCAGCGAAUAUGGCGGAGGAGGCUGAGGUGGUCAGGAACUUCAAGGAAUGGAUGGAAAAGAACGAGAAAGGGGCCAUUGCAGUAGCAGCCAUUCACGCCCUAACAACCAUGAUCAAGAACAGUGGAGCUUCAACGAUUAUGGAGUUAGAAAUCCUGCUAAAGGCUGCGCAAGAGCAACUGCAGGAAAUGAAGUUUGAGGGACAAAGGUCCAAAGUGAUUCAGUUGACAGCUGCAUGCGAGCUCUUCGCUCGGCACGUUACACGCACAGCACUCGAUAUUGGAGACUUCGAAGCCUGCAAGCAGAGGCUCAUAGAACGAGGUAUGCGAUUUGCUGAACAAGCAGAUGUGUCUCGUGCUGUUAUUGCGGAGAAUGCCAGGCCGUUCAUUCGAGAUGGAAUGGCAAUCUUGGUGCAUGGCUACUCCAAUGUUGUUUGCGGUUGCUUGCAACAUGCUGCGAAAUCCGGUGUGAGAUUCAAGGUGAUUGUAACUCAGGGGCAACCAGAAUGCGUAGGCUUCAAGACUGCCAGCACGCUGCAAGAAGCAGGGAUCCCCGUCGAUAUGAUCCUGGACACGGCAGUUGGUUACGUGAUCCAAGAGGUGGAUAUGGUAUUAACGGGCGCUGCUGGAGUAUGCGAAUCGGGUGGCAUUAUCAACAAGAUUGGAACUUUUCAGGUUGCUGCGAUAGCAAAGGAAGCGAAGAAACCAUUCUGUGUCGCAUCAGAAAGCUAUAAGUUUUGUCGUCUCUAUCCGUUGAGCCCAACGGAUUUGCCUGAUGCGGAGAAGGAACCAACUCCAAGAGUGGAGCAAGGAAUCAAGAUUCGUCAGCCACCGUCUGAUUUUACACCGCCAUCGCACAUAACAUUACUGCUAACUGACAUUGGAGUUCUGACACCCUCAGCUGUCUCCGAUGAAUUGAUCAAGCUUUACUAUUAGAAUAAAAUGAAGGCAAAAGAAGCGGCA